AUGAGCACCAUCUCCUCGACAGUCUCGUGGCUCUUUGCAUCAAACCACGAGACGCGCGUGAUCUUGGUGGGCCUUGACACGGCAGGUAAAUCCACAAUCCUGUAUCAGCUGCGGCUCGGCGAGUGCAUCAGAACGACCCCAACCAUCGGCUUCAACGUCGAGCAAGUCCCGUUCGAAGGCUUCAGCUUCACAUUGUGGGACAUUGGUGGUACGUUUUGCCUCACGACAGUCGUGCGCCACUACUACGACAACGCAAAAGCCGUCGUCUAUGUCGUGGAUACCUACGAUACCUCGCGCAUGGACCUGGCGUGUGCGCAGCUGCAUGCGAUCGUGGCGGCCGACGCGCUCCGAAAUACAGUCAUCCUCAUCUACGCCAACAAGCAAGACCUUCAAGUCAUGAGCAAUGCCGACGUGGCCGAAGCGCUUCGCUUGCGUGCAAUUCGGCAGCGAUGGUUUGUCCAGCCGUGCUGCGCUGUCACUGGUGCCGGCCUCCACGAAGGGCUGCACUGGAUCGCGACCGCACUUGGCGCGCCAUCUCCAACGACCACGACCUCGCAAUAA